AUGCUCAGUGGGUAUGCCAUUGGAGUUGUAAAGAAGCAUUUCGCACCGUUGAUACCGUUUAUAAGUGACGGCGGCUCCUAUCCGCCCGAAAGAUGCGUUUUCGCGCUAUUUCUAAACCUGGCUUCUUUUUUCGGAGUUAUCACGUUCUACAUGCGAUAUCGUCAGACAGUUGAGUACUACGUGCAUUAUAUGCGUUGGAAGAAAACGGCAUGGCAUCGUUUGUUGCUAUUCGCGUCAUUGGUGAUGAUGUACGUGGGAAUCGCAAGUGUUAUUGGCCUUACAAUAGUUGCCAAUUUCCCUGUAAGUCUUGAACUA